ACACGUGUGAACCUGUCUCUAUUUUUACAGGAUUCAACAUGGCGGCGCCCAUGGCUCGUGUAUCUUGUCGACUUUUGUGUAACGCUAAAUCUCGAAAUGUUGACAUUUUCCAACGAUUGUGUCGCCAAAAUGAACGGCAUACUAAAGAUCUUACUUCCCAAUAUCAAGUGAGAACUUUUGGUUGCAAAAUCUGCUUACAGAAUCCGAGAGCACUUGACAACUCUAGACCUACGCACGGGAAGUAUGCCACCCGACAAUCGAAAGCGAGGGACGGCACCACUGCAACCUCCGUGAACGAGACAUCGGACUUUGUCGAUGGUGAAAUAACCAACAGUGUAAGGAUUCAUGGAAACUCCACCAGUGCGAAUGAUUCAUUUAGAAAAAGACAGGAAAGAGAAUCAUUGCAGCUAGAUAGUACUCAGACUAACACAGCAAAACAUUUGGCAACAAAAAUAAGACAAGACCUGAUUCUGAAGAGGAAGAAUGUCGUCGUCGAGAAGGGGGAGGAGAAAAUAAAAACUGCAUCCAAAAGUCAUGCGGACAAGGAAGAUGUUGUAGAACAGGAUAAUCUUCAACGAAGCAAAGGCCUUGACAGCCAAGGAUUCAGAACCCUACGGAACCAGGUCCAGGAUUUAAGAAAGCUUGAUGUUGACACUGUUGCCUCAAUCUUGUAUCGCAGCAUCAUAUACAAUGAGGGGGACCUUGUUGCUAUAGAUAAACCGUAUGGACUUCCGUCCCAUGGCGGGCCCGGUGUAGUGCACAGCAUCGACUCCCUCCUCCCCGUCAUAGCCAAGAAGCUCACCAGAGGUGCAGCCAAGAGGACGGACCCCGACCUAAGACUCUACCCCGUCCACCGCCUAGACAAGGAAACGACCGGCGUCAUGCUCCUGGCCAAGACAGAGGAAAUGGCUCGUCAUCUUCACCGGAUGUUUAUCCGGCACGAGGUGGUGAAGAAGUACUGGGUGGUGACCGUUGGAGUACCGGAUCCUAAGGAUGGUGUGAUCGACAUUCCGAUGGCAGAGGUCGAUGUCGGCGGUUUCCACCGAAUGGGCAUCAGGCCUGACAUCGGCGCAGUCUACAAGGAUAUGGGGAAGUUUGGCAGAGGGAAGGGUACGGCCGCUGUGACUAAUUUCCGUGUGGUGAGCGAAAAUGGAAGUGCAGCGCUGGUGGAAGUUAAUCCAGAAACUGGUGUCAAGCACCAGAUUCGAGUUCACAUGGCAUUAGGGAUGGGAUGUCCAGUGCUUGGAGACCAUAAAUACUCCCAUCACAAUAAACUAGCACCUCAGCGCCUACCAAUGGACAUGCUUCAGCGUCUGGGAAUCCGGCAGGCAAAGGCACGUACAGUUCCCAUGCAUCUCCAUGCCAGGGAGAUCAUGCUGCCAGAAUUUCUCAACGGUCGCAAUGUCUUCAUUUCUACCACGGUGCCCAAAUUCUUUGUACAAAACAUGAAGCGGCUCAAACUGAGCUUCCCUUAAAACUGAGUGGUUUAGCAAGCAAGUUGUGGUGUCAGAAUCAGUAGAGGGGAGGGUUUGAAUCAAUGUCAUGUGAUUUGUUCGCCUGCAAGACACUGUGCUAUAACUGCUUCUCUUUAUUACUUGAGUCUGAUAUAAAAAUAAGCACAGCACAUGCAUAUUUACUCAGUGCUUUAUGUGCAGCGCAAAAAUGUAUUUUCCGUCAAUGCAGGAAAUUCAUAAAUUAAGACCAAACGGAAGUUACUUUGUAAAGAUUAGUGAUAAAAAGAAAUAUCAAUAAACAAGU